UAUUGCCUUGAACAACGAAACCGGUCGACAUCGGAAUUCGAGCGCCGUCGAUAAAUAACCGAUUUUACCGGAGGCGCGAGGCGGCGGAGAGAUGGCCGGUGUGAAGGAGCUGACACGCGAUCUAGAGAACAAAGCCAACGAUUUCAGGAAACUUGAGAAAGAUAUUCAGAAGAACCAGCAAGUGAAAAAGAAGUACACGAUUCAGCUCGGCGAAAACGAGCUCGUGCUCAAGGAACUGGAUCUAUUGAAUGAGGACACGAAUGUGUACAAGUUGAUCGGCCCGGUGCUAGUGAAGCAGGAUUUGGCUGAGGCUAAUGCCAAUGUUCGGAAGCGGAUUGAAUACAUCUCCGCUGAAUUGAAACGAUUAGACGGUACACUUCAAGAUUUGCAAGAGAAGCUAAAUAGCAAGCAAGAAUCGAUUGCCAAGCUACAACAAAGAAUCCAGACUCUUCAGGCUGGAAAAGCAAAGGCCUGAUAUGCAUGCCCAACCCAGUCACUUGGUUGGCUUGAACAUAGACGUGGCCUCUUUAUAUCAAAAUUGCAUUUCGUCCAUUGAUAGUCCUUUUUUAGGUAAACGACGAGGACUUCAGUCGCUGUAUUACCAACUUCAUAUUUUAUUCCAUGUAAUAUGCAAAAGUUGAAUACAUUGUUGGUGGAUGAUAUUUUGUGCUCACUCAUAUGGAAAUGGAAUUCGCAGUGGUGCUAUCAGUCUUGUAUAA